GAUUAAUCCACUUUGAGAUCUUUACAAAAUUAGGUUUUACAGGAAUCGAAAGAAGAAGGAUGGUUCUCCAUGCUUUUGGGAGAUGUAAACAUUUUUGAGAGAGAAAGCGAAUUACACUUUUUCUCCUUCUUCCUCGGAGAAGUCACUCUUCUUCAUCGAUUUCCGGUGGCUUGGAUUUCUCUUCUUUUUCUUCUUCCUCUCUUUCUCUUUUCAUUUUUGUUUCUCCUUUUACGUGGGUCCUUCAAUCACCCAUGAAGGACCCGCCCCAUUGCUAAAUCCAAAACAAAACAAAACAAAAAUCUUGUCUUUUCUCUGUUUAUUUCGCUAACCAUGCACUGUUUUCCGUGUUUCUCCGCACCGAAGAGUAAAAAAUCUUCAAAUACGAAUGAGACUAACGACAACGAAGCCAGACCACAUGAGAGGAGACGGUCAGAUGAAACAGAGCAAUUGGAAGGAACAACGCUUAAGACAUUCACUUUCCGGGAAUUAGCAACGGCGACAAAGAAUUUUCGGCAAGAGUGUUUGUUAGGAGAAGGUGGAUUUGGUAGGGUUUACAAAGGAACCCUUCAAUCUACUGGCCAGGUGGUGGCUGUAAAGCAACUAGACAAGCAUGGAUUACAUGGGAACAAAGAGUUUCAAGCUGAGGUCUUGUCAUUAGGACAACUCGAUCAUCCGAAUCUUGUUAAGUUCGUUGGGUAUUGCGCCGAUGGAGAUCAAAGGCUUUUGGUCUAUGAUUAUGUCUCUGGAGGUUCUCUUCAAGACCAUCUUCACGAACCAAAAUCAGACCGCCAACCGAUGGAUUGGACAACGAGGAUGCAAAUAGCGUAUGGCGCAGCGCAAGGGCUAGAUUACUUGCACGAUAAAGUGAAUCCAUCCGUGAUAUACCGAGAUUUGAAAGCUUCAAACAUUUUGUUGGACGAUGAGUUUUGUCCUAAGCUUUCUGACUUUGGUCUGCAUAAGCUAGGACCAGGGAUAGGUGAUAAGAUGAUGGCUUUGUCUUCUCGAGUUAUGGGAACUUAUGGUUACUCCGCGCCUGAGUAUACUCGAGGAGGAAAUCUCACUAUGAAAUCAGAUGUCUACAGCUUUGGAGUUGUGUUGCUUGAGCUCAUCACGGGUCGAAAAGCUCUUGAUACUACUAGACCUAAUGACGAACAGAACUUAGUUUCUUGGGCGCAACCGAUAUUCAGAGAUCCGAAGAGAUACCCGGAUAUGGCAGAUCUAGUUAUGGAGAAGAGAUUCUCAGAGAGAGGGUUAAACCAAGCAGUGGCAAUAGCUUCAAUGUGCGUGCAAGAGGAAGCAAUGGCUCGUCCUUUGAUAAGUGAUGUAAUGGUUGCACUUAGCUUCAUUUCAAUGUCAACAGAAGACGGUAUUCCCACAGCUGUUCCUAUCUUAUCCUUCAGGGACAAGAGCAUGUCUAUUGCCUUAAGCCGGCAUGAUUCAAAUCUUGUAUCUCCUCCUCCUGAGCCUGCAAUGGAAGAUGACAAAUCUAAUAUGUCAUCAGACAAAGAAUCAUCUUUGAACAGUGAUAAGGAGAUAGUGAGCAAGGCGAAGAAGAAGAAGCAUGAGGAAGAAGAUAGCUCGACGGAAUCUGAUGAUGGGUCUGAUUCUAACUCAGAUGAUGAACAUGAAAAGGACCAUAAAAGUCCACCACCGAAUCCUCCUAUUGAUGAGAAGAACCCGGCGCAGAGCUUGAAGAUAAAGUAUCGGUAUAGUUGGGAAGAUGUGGAAGUCAGUGAUGAGAGGCUAAGCAGUAAAAGCAGCGAGAGAUCAAAUGAUGAGAGCAUUUCUUCGCGCUAUGACAGCGAAAGAGAUCAUGAUGAUCUGCCUAUGAAGGAGGAGAAAGAGAAAAAAGAUGAAGAUGAAGAGCAUACUCAUCUUGAGCACAUUCAUAGGUCAAAAACUGAUGAUGAUCAAAGUGUUUACUUUGAUGAUGAUGAUGAUUCAGGAGAUGAGAAUGAAACCUCUUUGCAUCGGCUAAAAUCAGAGGUUGAGACUGAUUCUGUUGAAGAUGCCAAUGGAGACUCGUUGCACCGGAUAAAGUCAGCGGUAGAGAUUGAUUAUGUUGAAGAUUAAAACUUAUUUUCUAGAUUUUUUGUUCAUCCAUUGAAGUUAAAAGCCACAAAAGAGCUUUAAAUCUUUCUAGAUAUUUUUGGGUGUGCCGAAAAACUUUCAAUUAGAAAUAUGAUAUAUACAAUUUGAAGUUUUUCUUCAUAAAUUAUAAUCAUCUCUCUUUGUAUAUAAUGAAGAUGUUCUGGAUUAAUAGUUAAACAAACAAAAUGUAUAACAUUAGAUGAUAUGAUUGAAAGACAGUUUCAGCUUUUUGUAUUUUCUCUUAUGGUGCUUUUGACC